AUGCCGACUCACGGCGGCCCCGGCCGCUUCGAUACUGUCGCGGGCCUUCUCGCCGCGACGCCGCCUCAACUUCGGCUCCUGGACAGCUCGCUGCCCGACGACGCCGAGCGCGCCGCUGUGCGCAGCUGCUGCGCUGGUACGCUUGCGUCUUGCAUCGCACAGCUCGACGCUGCGAUUGCACCGCAUGCCGUCCGCAUGAUGGACGGGAGGCUUCCGACAAGCGACGCUUUCCGUGGCGACGACCACGAUCUCAGCAAGCUGAAGGCGCUCAAAACUGUCGCCACGAUGGUCCUGCAGGACGGACCGGUGCUCUAUCGCGAGGCCUGCGCGAGUCUCGUCCACGCGCGCUCCACCUUCUUCUCGGACCUCAACGCGGCGCUCGAUGCCGAUGUCUUUGAUUCUGCCUUUCGAUUCAAAUCGCCGUCGUGGCUCGCGAAGCGCGCGGGGCAUGAGCUGUUGGCGCGCGUACCGCUCGGCGCCGACGCUACCAUACCAUACCCCGCAAAAAUCGCCGAUCGCUCGUCGCAUUUUAUGGAGCCCUACUCCGCGCACUCCAUCGAGCGGGCCCUUCGCGAAGGCGAUGUGCUUCGCGGCCUGUCGCUCGGCUGGCAGGGCAGCUUCGUGCUGCACCGGCUGGUGCAGCACGGCGAUGGGGAGCGUCGGGUGCGCCUAGAGAAGCGCUCGCGAAGCAUCGGGCUGGACCUGUGCAACGAACGAGGCGUCGCCCUCGUGCGCAGCAUCCACCGCUCAGCCGCGGCUGCCAUUGGAGACGAGAUACGGCCGGGCGACGUGGUCCGCUCGGUCGACGGCCAGGUCUACUUCACCUGCGAGGCGGUCGUUGAGGCGGGCGGCGUGCAGUUGCGCGCUGGCGAGAACAAGAGUGUCGCCUUCGCGGCGCCCGGGCCGGCCGUGCUGCAGUACUCCUUCCGCGCCGCGGCCCACGACAUCUGCUUCCGAGUCACGUAUGGGUCGCUCGCGCUGCCAAACGGCGGGCGGUACGUUGCGGCGCUCGACAACUCGCACUCGCUGCUGCGCUCCAAGGACGUCAGCUUCGAGCUGCGGCUGCUGCGAAAGGCGUCCGUCCUGGCGGCGGAGCGGCGCGGCGCGAGCGCGAGGCUCGAGACGGAGCUCGACGGGCGGGCGCAGCGGGCGGCGGAGCUCGCGAGGCACAUCGCCAUCACGGAGCCAAAGCUGGCGGCGCUCCGCAAGCAGCUGGGCGAGGUGGAGGCGACGCUGCAGCGGGCGCGCGUGGACCAGCGCGAGAACGAGCGGCUGCUCCGGGAGGGGCAGCUCCGACUGGCCGCGCUGCAGGGGGGGGGGGAGGGGAAGGGUGGAGGGGCGGCUGUGGGUGCGAGAGCGGUCAAACACUGA